AUGUUUAUUUUCAAUGUAUCUGAUAAGAAUGGAGAGGGUCAGAUACCACCUAACGGAAGAGAUAAGUUACUUCCUAUCAAACUGCAGCACUUCACAAUCGGAGCUGUUUUUGCUGUAGAAUGGGGUCAACCUCAUGUUACAUUCUGGCAUUACUACCCGAUACCGGUUUCUGUGUGUAACAUAACAAGUAACGAGGACGGUACUGCAGAGUAUGUCUUCGUGUGCCACGACGAUGACUUCAACCUAGACUUGUACUCUUACCCCGAUGAUCCAAGGGUCAUACUUUUGUUCGACAAGUGUGGCGAAAUUAGUGGUAUUCGUACCUGUUACAUUAAAACUGACAUACCUAAAAGAGCAGAGUCUCAAGGCGUAGCCUUCAAUUACAGUUAUGACGACAAAGGAACAUUUCGUAGCUACACCUACUGGGAAAUAGAUGUUUGGUGCGUCGAUACACUGUUCGCCUCUCCAGAAACUCUGGCCGCAGGCUGUCGAAGUACCGAAGUAAGUGAUCUCUAUGUGGUUUUGGGGAACUAUACAUUCACGAAGUUAGCAAGAAGUGAGAGUGAUAUAGAAAAUCAGGGAUUCACUAAACAGGGCUGCUUGAACGGAAUGGGACAACACUACUUUUACAACAUGUACACAGACACACCCUGUGAGGAGUUGGUGGGAGUUAUGGUACUUUAUGACUACGGGGAACUGAUUGGUGUAGCCUAUAGUUCAUUUGGUGCGUUCACAUCUGGCCAUAGGGUGUGGUUUGAGGAACCAAACGUACCCAUAUUAAAGGUUAUAUCCCCGAACGCCCCUCAAUGUUUGUACGAUUGGAACACGUACUUCGGGAUCUCUGCCAUUCAUAUUUUCAUGAAAAAGAAUCCUCGUGAAACCUAUUGCCCUUAUUGAAGAAGGGCUCUACUGUUGGUGAUCCUGUAUCCAGAUUUAAUAAAUUUUAUUUCAAACUUCCAUUGUCCUUUAUGGAAAUGUAAUGCAGAGUUUCGUUAAAUAGGAAAGAAGAAUAAAAUUAUACAAGUUUUAUUUUUGUAACCUUUCAUGGUUUUGCCUAGCCAACUGACUCAAUUCUACCAGAAAUAAUGUGCUGAAUCGUUUAAAUCCUAAAUAUAAUAAAUAUCUAUACACUUCCUUAGUA